GACAACUACGUCGUCGUUCUCGUCGUCGUCGUCACUGUCUUCGUCAUCAUGAGGAGAUCCUCUUACGUGAACUACUACGUCCUGUGCCUCGUGUGCUGGAUUCUCCUAGGCAUCACCGGGGUGAGCACAAGAUCUCAUUCGCUGGUGAAGAGGUUCGACGGGAUUUACACCGGGCCGUACUUCGAUUCAAAGACACCUACGAACAUCACGGCUCAGCUUGGAAGUCAUGCUUACUUGCCGUGCAAAGUGCGACAGCUUGGUAAUAAAUCGGUGUCGUGGAUCAGGAGGAGGGACUCGCAUAUCCUCUCGGUAGAUAGAACCAUGUUUAUCCCGGACGAAAGGUUCCAGGCGCUUUUCGUGGACGCGUCUGACACCUGGACCCUGCAAGUUAAGUACGUGCAGGAUCGCGACGAAGGCGAGUACGAGUGCCAAAUCUCGACCGAUCCUAAGAAGAGUCACAUCAUCAAGCUGAACAUCGUCGUGCCAAAGAUCGAGAUCAUAGGCGAUCGCGACAUGUACGUGAAGACCGGAAGCACAGUGGCUAUACGGUGCGUAAUCAAGCAGUCCCUCGAGGGCCCGUUCUACGUUUUCUGGUAUCACGAAGGUGACCGUGUCCUGGACUAUCAGCUGAACAAGAUCGACAUCCAAACGAAGAGGAUCGAUGACGAAACGGUCAGCAGCCUGGUGAUCCAUAAAGCGAGACGGGAGGACUCGGGCAAUUACACCUGCAGCCCUAGCAGUUUGCACAGCGCGAGCGUGCAGCUUCAUGUGUUAAAUGGCGAGCAUCCUGCCGCGAUUCAGAGAGGGAUCAGCUCGGCAUCGGGUGGCUGUCCGACGCUCUGGUGGCUGGCGGGCGUCGUCACGCUUUAUUCCAGUCACAGCAGCCGCCUGUUCGUCCUCGCCCUUCUCAUUCUCGUGGUCCUUUACUCGAAGAAUCUAUGUUACUUCGCGCCGGAACGAUAAUCAGAGCACGAGUGGAGGAGAGACGGUGUCGGAAGAUGAUCGAUUAUUCUCCUGUUACGAGACCCGGAACAGCGCCUCGAGGAACGCUCCAGCGAGAAGAGUAGACGAAAAAAGAGAGAGAGAGAGAGAGAGAAAGACAGACAGCACGUGGAGGGCUUCCUCGGUAAAGGCUUCGUGACUCGAUGAACGAACAAACGAUGGAAGGGAGAUGAUCGAGGAAGGAUCGAAGAACCGCGAGAAGAAAAACGCGACGAGGAGGAAUCAAGACGGACGACGUGACGCUAAAACGUGUGUGUGUCUCCCUUUGGCGAGCUAUUGUAUCGUUUUUACUUCUUUACGAGGAGGAGAGACAGACCGUCGAACGCGAAAGAAACCUUGAAAUUCUCUAUCGACCCGGUCCGGACACGGUCGAUUUUUAUUGUCGUACAUCGCAGAGAGAGAG